UUAAGAUUAGUGAUUGAUUGGGGGAGGAAAACUCCCGCCAAAAGAACUCCUCACUCUUCAUUCAUUGAUUACCUGGAGCGUGAACACGAUUGAGUUCAAAAAUGUCGGUGAGUCUUCGCCAGGUGAGGAAGAUCGUACAGCGUGGCGGGGGAUUACCGUUACUUUAAAGGUGCUUCGCCUGAUCAUCAAAACCCACAGUUGCUCAUCGGUGUCUCAUUUGUGUAGAUCGAAGUAGGAAUUAUUUUUCUUUUUUUAAUAAAAAAAUGUUUAGUAGAAGAAUGUUGUGCUCCUUCCUCUUUGUGAUCCUCCUUCAAGUGAUCCUCCCCCAAGUGAUUAGUGCUGAAAAAUCAAAUAAAAAAUCCGAAGAUGUCUGGAAGCAAGAUUUGAGUGAUGCCUUCCAAAUUAAUCCGUCAACGCAUGGAUUGGAAAAAGUUCACCUCAAGUGCGGUGCAAGCUCGAUGAUUGUUGAAUUGGAGACUGAGAAGGAAUUCACGGGUGUUAUGUACACGCGUGGGAGUUUCUACAAACAAUCCGAGCCAUGCUUUGCACGACCCCAACCCGGACGGAGGGCAAAGAAGCUCACACUCAAAUUCCCCCUGGAUGAGUGUCAGACCGUAAAGGAUGGAGAGCUGUAUAGCAAUGUGGUGAUCGUACAGCAUGAACCGGAUCUCGUAAUGCCGGGAGAUGCGGCUUUUGCUGUGGAAUGUGACUUCCGGAAAUCUCGUGAUCUCACCGUAAACGCCGAAAUGCAGACUAAAGACAGUGAGGUAGUGGCAAUUGGAUCGAGGAUCACACUGACCAGUCCAGAUCCAUCAUACAAACACGAUCAUGACAGUGUUGCAGACACCGUGUUCAAUCAAUCGCACCAAGUUACUUUCCUACCUAAUCGAAUCGUCUCAGACGCCUCGGCGGACGAUCGAGAGCGAAAAGUGCGAGGAACUGUUGAAUCAGUUAAGCUUGAGCUCUAGUCAAGGUCUAAACACCCGUGUGGCAAGUACGAUCACACGAUCGUGCAUGGAAGUGAAAUUGAGAAGAAAAUUGACUAAUAACUCUUUUUUUUAAAUUCAUUUUGCAGUCCAAACUCUAAAAAUAUGGGACAUCUCAUCGUCUGAAGGGCCCAACGUCCAUCCCUCCCGAUCAUUUGGGAGUUGGAGGAUCCUGCAUAGUGUACAAUGUGAUAAAUUUAAGUUCAUUGUUAAUUUAUGAAUGGAGUGAGUGAUGUGAAAGAAAAAAUGAAAGUAAAAAUGCAAA